AUGGGGAACGCUCAAUCGGCCCCGUCGACGCCUCGAAGGCCUGCGAACAAGCUCUCGAAACCGAAGACGCACUCAUCGAAUUCCCCGGGCUCAAGACCAGGACCGCAGAGUCGUCGCAAUUCGCUGUCCAAUGUCCCUUUAACGGACAAUCGAUAUGAUUUGGUUUCGGUCGAGACGCCAAUUAGCGGGGCAGCGAGGAAACGGAUGAGCAUGUUCAGGUCAAAAAGGUCGCAGUCAAAAUCAUCGCAAUUUGAUUUCGAUAAUAGUAUGAAUGUUGACCAACUAGACCCAUUCGAUAAGUGGCUAGGGAAUCAUCCUCAAGCGGUGGAAAUAGAGGGGGCCAAACCACUCACCCCACAUCGCUACAGCAUGCCAGACAAGACGCCUCCUGCUCGAAGUGCACGCUCGUCUUUCCAACAGCUCCCAUACUCCCCGUCAUACACCCAACCCCAUGUGGGACUGUCACUCGCUACUCAGGGACCUCCUCCUCUGCUUGAUUUUCGUCAGCAGACGGGGUUGGCGGGACUUGACCAGGGAGAAUAUAGCCCUGCGCUGUCGAACCCGCUCCAUGCACGCAAUCAAUCAGAUACAAGUCUCUAUUCUCCUAUACGAAGACGGUCGUUACUACAGCAUGGAAUUGCAACAAGACCUGGUUGGGUGGAAAAUGAACCCCGCCAACCGCUUCCUGGGAACGUGAAUUCUCACAAUGACGAACUAAAUCUCCCCAGCAGUCCUACGAAACCUCCCCCUCAUUUCCCUGAACUCGCCUCUCUGGCACCAAAAAUCGAAGAUUUUGCAGUAGGUCCACGAGCAGAAACUCCGUCAGGUUCAGAAUAUGGACAGAUUGGUGCUUUUAAGCUUGGGUCGCUGCGGAUCACGAAUGGCGCUGCAAGUCCUGUUCCAAGCGACGGGAAAUCCACGAUAGCAGGUGGCGAGGAGGAUCAUGGCAGCUCUUCAGAACGAAUGGCGAGUCUGCCAAGGCACCGAAGCGAUCUGAACCAGCAAGACAACAACACCCUUCAAGUUCCUCAUGGGAUAGUCAAGGCUCCAUGGAAUACACGUACGGAUUCACCUCUUCGAUAUGAGGAUCGAGGCUUAGAGGACCCAAAGAUAGAGGUACCGGAAGUUGGCGUCCGAUCACAUGAUUCAUUGACAAUCAACACAAGUGCCCCAGCUCCUGAAUUAUCAUUAUUUGAAUUCAAGUUCUCGGAAUCGCCGACAAAAUCACAAGAAUUGGCCAAUGAAUACAUGCAAGAUCUGGCAUUGAGUCCAUUCGAUAUCGAUGCUGAGCCUGCUACUUCCCCGGAGUUUCAAGCCACGAGCAAAAGUAUGGCAGUUGAUGAUGAUCUAUUUGAACCAGAACCAAGAACGCCCGAACCAGAUGACUUCCACAUGGCCGACCCUUUUGCCGUCGGGCAUCAGGAUGUGGAUGGACUCGAAGAAGCGAAGGUGGACCUCAUAUCCAAAUUGCUUGCACAGGUAAAUAAUGGAUAUGGAUAUCUUUAUAACCCGUCUCUUCAUUCCUUCGAGAUUAACAACCCGCCUCAGGACCCGGAAAAGGACACAAGACCUGGACCUCCUGCGCACUUUAUCCCAGAAGAUGCUUCAAGCACAUAUUCUAUCUAUUCUACGUAUUCUACCUAUUCCACGAUUUCCGCCGCUUCUAACAAGAGCGACGCGACAAUUGGGCCACUGAAAGACCAGCCAUCAAUUAGACCAGUCAGUCCGUCGGAGAGCGAGUAUUCCACCAUCAAAGACCAGCGAUCAGUGAGAUCAAUCUCUCGGUCGGAGAGCGAGUAUUCCACCAUAAAAGACCAGCGAUCAAUUAGAUCAAUCACUCCGCCAGAAAGCGAGUAUUCCACCAUAUAUGCCCCUUCUACCGUGCCUGAUUCACCCAUUCAAACACGGCAAUCACUUCCCACAGUCUUCUCAAACUUGGAAACUCAAAGACAGUCUUUCCAGAUGCCGUCUCCGGCUCCUGUGAAAGAUUCCGUCUUUCUAGAAUCCCAUCAACCACCCCCUGUGCAACAACCGCAUAGAUCACCCGAGGAGAUUCGGGUAGUUGAGCAAUCCACGCCUUGCACAAACGGACAAGGCAGCUCGCUCGGUAUACCUACAGUCUCACCUGGUAUCCAAAAAAAUGACCGCUCAAAUGCCAGUCCUUCAGUAUCCGAAGAUCCAACUUUGCCGGCGAAGCUUGGCGGUACCGGUACCUCUCACUGGCGGUCGCUGUCCAUAUCAAAAUCCCGCUCACAAGCUCAACUUUCCACGCCCGUCUACCCGCCUCCCUCCACUGCCUCCCAACAACGUCAGGCUUCCCACGUCGCGAAGGAGGCUUCAAGACGGUUCCCAAAGCCCAAAAGAUAUACUCUUGCCGGUAUUCCGAAUAGCUGGAAUGGGAAUAUUCCUCACAAGCGAACAGUUUCCAAGGAGACGCUGGGGACGAUCUUCUCUGUUGGGUCCGCAGAGUGGAGGGAGGAGGCCGCCAUGGCGAGAUUGCAAAGUGGGCCUGACCACUCCUCUGUACAAAUUAACUCGAGUCCAAAACAAGAGUUGAAUAGGGGUGCGUAUGGCACACCAGCACCCGCUGCGGCACCAAUGUCGAAGACGCCAGUUCGUCACACUCUGGGGGUGCUCUUAAGAAAUGAUAACCAUGCACCCCAGAGGCAUGCGCGACAUAAUUCCGAGAACCCAAUCGCGACCUUUGCCAGCGUUCCUUCUAACUUGGGGAAAUUGGCCUAUGAUGGAGCACUCAGAGAUAGCAAUCAUGUUGAACAAGGAGAGAUGGCCGAGGUGGUAACGGAGGGUUCGGCAUGGUUUGGGCAAGUCAGGAACGUAAGCCAGGAAAUUCAAGAUCCACAGCCUUUGCGGCGGACAACCUCUUACGAUCAAAAUGAACCGCUAAAUCAGAACACCUCUUUGCCGCCCAAGAAUCCAUCUCGUGGAUCGCCCUUUCAUGACCGCCCCAGGAGCAAUAAUAAACCACGCCCCCGGCCGCAAACGCACCGGUCGAGUCCGAACUUGUCAGCUGAACUCGGCAAGCUGAGUGUGGAGCGCGUAAGGAAUCAAAGAAGCCUUCAUGGUCCAAGAAUGUCAGCCCCUUCGGAGAUUCUAGAUGCCAUGCUUUCUGCUUCCACAAUCCCCCCUGCUGCACAUGAGGCGCCAAGCCGCCCCCUCCCUCAACUCCCAACACCGCAUCACCCUCUCCCAAAACUGCCAUCGCAGAAAGAUAUCAAGAAUCAAUGGCAAGAGCCUGAUUCACCAUGGAUUAAUGAGGCGUUACAGCGCCACAAGCUCAUCGAAGGACAACGCCGACCCAAGAGCACAAAACCGAUCGAGCACCGCCGUCCACAGCUGAACUCUCUAAGCCAUCACAUGAGUUUCGACUCCCGCCCGGCCGUCGACCAAGAACUGCGAGACUAUGAGCUCAACCACAAAGAGCGACCCGGGAGCUACGACCCAACAUACAGCCAGCACUGGUCUAACAAAGAGAACACAUCCCCCACAAACCACUAUUCCGGCCGAGAAGAACGCGAUGCCCAACCCCCGCGGCGGCCCUCUACGCCAGAAAUGGUGAUCUUGGAUCGGUAUGCGGGUGGAUUGGGGUAUGGUUAUGAGCCAGGGUUCGGAAUUGGGGGCAGUGCGGGGACGCGCAAUACGGGACGGUUCAAGCCGACGGAGGCGAGUAGGAAGAGUGUGAGGGAGAGCGAGCUGUGGGGGGUAGAUUUAACGGAUGUGCCGGUCUUUUUGCAGAGAGUGAAAGUUGGUGCGUAG